AUGAAGGUGCAACAGGCAAAGGUGCCAUUGGAUGUGAUCGUAGUCGGGGCCGGUACGCUUUCUUCCCAGAUUACAUAUCAUUGGGGCAUUGGCGGCAUAGCGGCUGCCCUGACGCUGGGACUUCGAGGUCACCAUGUCGUGAUUCUCGAGGCUGCCCCCAAACUGAUGGAGGUUGGAGCUGGAAUCCAGGUCUCCCCAAAUAUGUUAAGACUGUUUGAGCGAUGGGGUGUAUCGGAUUUGAUCCAUGCUCAGGACGUGGCACUCGAGCACAUUCACGUCCGACGAUGGGCAGACGGCGAAUUGCUCGCAACUAUGCCCGUGAACAAGACGUUUGGGCAGCAAGUGGUCAUCCACCGUGCAGACCUGCACAAUGCUCUAAUUGACAGGGCAUUGGCUUUGGAUAACGUCGAGUUGCGGGUGAAUUCGACGGUCACGAAUGUUGAAUUCAGUCCGGCUACUGUCACACUUGCAAACGGCACUGUCGUCCGCGGCGAUGUUGUGAUCGGUGCUGAUGGCAUCAAGUCGACAAUUCGUGGACAUCUACUGGACGAUGCGUCCCUCAAGGCGAUUCCCACGGGUGAUGCUGCAUACCGCAUUGUGCUGCCGCGCAGUGUGAUGGAGCAGGAUCCUGAAUUGAAGGAGCUCAUUGACGAGCCGCAGGCGACUCGUUGGCUGGGGCCUUCGCGCCACAUUAUCGCAUACCCCGUUCGCAACCAUGAACUGUAUAACGUUGUCCUGCUUCAUCCAGAUCGGCAGGAAGUCGAGGAGUCAUGGACGACUAAGGGCUCGAAGCAGGCGAUGGUCGACCAUUACCAGGGCUGGGACCAGAAGGUGCGCAAGCUGAUUGACUUGGUGGACGCCGACGAGGUUCUCGAGUGGAAGUUGUGUCUGCAUCGUCCACUCAAGACGUGGAUUCGCGGGUCGGUGGCCUUGAUCGGUGAUGCGUGCCACCCCAUGCUUCCGUACGUCGCUCAAGGCGCGGCUCAGGCCGUCGAGGAUGCGGCUGCCCUCGGCGUUCUCUUAUCCGCCAUCUCGGCCCGGCAUGAGAUUCCUCGAGCUCUCCAGGCCUACGAGAGGUCGCGGAAACAGCGUGCCGACACAGUGCAGCAGUCUGGCUCCGAGAACCGUAUCACCCUGCACCUGCCCGAUGGCCCGGAGCAGGUUGCGCGCGACGAGCAAUUCCGGGCAUCGUCAAACGGAUCCAAUCCGGAUAAGUGGUCGGAUCGCGAGACCCAGCGCAUCCUCUGGGGCUGGGAUGCUGAAAAGGCCGCCCUGGAUACCUGGACUGGUACCGAUCCAGAAGCCAAGGUCAACGCCAGCCUGUAA